GCAAAACGGAAGUUUCACUUUCGUUUUGUCAGAAAAGAAACAUUGGGAUCGGAUCCUGUGUCGAUUGAGCAGAGUUUGAACCAUGGCGGUGGAUGGGGACGACUUAAUCCAUGAGAAUCUCAUCGAAAGCUUUCGGCCGAGGCUCCGAACGUACGUCGCAGUGCAGCCCGUUCUGGACCUCCUGCAUUUCCUCGAACCGGAGGAGAAGGAACGCGUCCGACAAAGGGCCCGGAACGAUGGCAACUCGGCGGCGGUAGACGUCCUGAUCGGCGCCGUCCUCCGCAAACCGCACCCGGCGGGCUGGUUCCAGGCCUUCGUGGACGCCUUGUCCAACGCCGAAUGCCGACAGGCGGCCAACUACUUGCGGCAAAAGUUACCCGACCCCGAGGUGGAGGCUAAAAACGAUAACUGCAUGCGAAUGAUUGACAUCCUGGUGCCCAGUCUGGUGGGAAUGAACACGAAAGAGGUGUGCAUGCACUGUUUUUCGCGCAAACUUAUCACCAAGGACGACCGAGAUGAAAUUCUUCACUUAGCAGACAAUCAAGGACUCAGAGACGCUGCUCGUGAACUUCUGAAAAGAAUUGUGAGAUGUCCCCCGGGAUGGUACUCUGAGUUUGUCCAAAUUCUGUUUGACACCGAACAUGUGGACUUGUACAAACUGAUGGGAGGCUCCUCUGCCUGCGAUACCACAGAUGAGACUACAGGAAGUGACCCAGUGAAAAAAAGUCCAGAAAGUUCUCCAUGUCAACUUUUGGAUCAGAAGGACAAUGAGGAUGACAUCACAGACUUGUGCCGGGGUGAAUGCUCACGUGAAGACGCCACACACGAGUUAAGCGGCGGAGUCGAGCGGUUACCAGCAGAAACGUGUGACCCGGGCACGGCUGCCGGAGGCUCAGAUAAAGCUGAUAUUGUUCUUCGAGACUAUCAGAUGGACGUGGCUAAACCUGCCUUGGAGGGGAAAAACAUCAUCAUAUGCCUCCCCACCGGAAGUGGUAAAACCAGGGUCGCGGUUUAUAUUACCCGCGAGCAUCUGGACCACAGGAGGGCAGAGGGGAAAACAGGCAAAGUGGUCAUCCUGGUGAACACGGUUCCCCUGGUCGAGCAGCAUUAUGCCACCGAGUUCCAUCGCUUUUUGAAGCACGCGUACAAAGUGGAACGAGUGAGUGGAAAAUCGAUGCUCAAAAUCUCUUUCACAGAGAUUGUGAAGAAAAACGACGUCGUCAUUUGCACAGCCCAGAUUCUGGAAAAUUACUUGGAGCGGUCGGUCAAAGGAGAGGACGAGGGAGUGCAUCUCAAGGAUAUCACCCUGAUUAUAAUCGACGAGUGCCAUCACACUAAGAAGGGGGAGGUCUACAACCGAGUGAUGAUGCGUUACCUGAAGCAAAAGAACAGGAACAGGAUGUUGAAGAAGGAGCAGAAGGAGAUAGUGCCUCUACCUCAGAUCCUGGGGAUGACGGCCUCACUGGGGGUCGGCGACGCCACAAAACUGAAGACGGCGGAGAAAAACAUUUUGCAGAUUUGUGCUAACUUGGAUGCCUCCCAAAUCCAGACUGGGAAUCUCAAGAAUUACAGCAAUGAGCCAGAGAAAAAAAUUGUUCUUGUUGAAGACAAAGAAAAGGACCCGUUUGGUGAUGUCAUCAAGAAUAUCAUGAAUGUGAUUCACAUUUACGCCAACCUGAGCCCCACCUCUGAGCUCGGCUCUCAGAACUAUGAACAAUGGGUGGUCCAAUCCGAGCAACAAGCCGCCAAAGAGGAAGCUCAGGAAGUGCGGAUUUGCAUGGAGCACCUUCGACGAUACAACGACGCCCUGAUCGUCAGCAACACCAUUCGCAUGCGUGACGCCUUCCGUUUCCUGGAAAAAAAACACAAGGAAGAGAUGAAGAGUAAAACCAGCCCCGACGAGGAUCACGUCAUCAACAUUACCGAUACUGAGCGAGUCCUCUUCAAUUUAUUCCAAGACAACAAGGAGGAACUCGAGAAGCUUUCUCAGAACCAAUCUUACGAAAACGACAGCUUGUCAAAACUCCAAACAAAUGUUCUGUACCAGUUCACCACCAGGGAGGAUGCCAGGGGAAUCGUUUUCACCAAAAUGCGACAAAGCGCCAUCGCUCUCAGUCACUGGAUUCAGGAGAACCCCAAGUUUGGCGACGUUGGCGUCAAAGUGUCGUAUGUCAUCGGAGGCGGAGACCAGAGUGUUGUCAAACCGAUGACGCCUGCUGAGCAGAAGGAUGUGCUGAGCAAAUUCCGCAGUGGUGCUGUCAACUUGCUGAUCGCCACCUCGGUGGCACAGGAAGGUUUGGACAUACCGGCGUGCAACUUUGUCAUCUGCUACGGCCUCGUGACCAACGAGAUUGCUAUGAUACAGGCUCGAGGCAGAGCUCGAGCUAAGAACAGCAAUUACAUCGUGAUUGAAGUGAAAGGCUCUGGGGUGACGGAGAAGGAAAGUGUCAAUGAGUACCGCGUGAAAUUAAUGACCGACGCCAUUGCCAGAAUCCGAGCAUUAGAUCCUGCUGAAUAUCGCACCAAGAUCGAAGGAUUUCAAAUUCAGGCUAUUCUUGAGGACAAGAUGAGAAUGACAACCAAAAAACCCGCCAAGAAUGAGCUUCCGUCAGAAGUGAAGUUAAGUUGCCGACAUUGCAGCAAGUUUGUCUGCACUGGUGACGACAUCCACAUCAUUGAAGACAUGCACCACGUCAAUGUUUCAUCACAGUUUAGAGAGCUUUUCAUUCAGAAAGAAAACACUGCUCUUCAGGAACGACUUCUUGACUAUGAAAUGAAUGGCUCCCUCGUAUGCAAGGACUGUGGGCUGAAAUGGGGUGCGAUGAUGAUGUACCGAGGAAUCCAGUGCCCCUGCCUUAAUGUGAAGAACUUUGUUGUGACGAUCAAAGAAAAAAAGUUCAGCAAUUACACCAAGUGGCGAGAGCUCCCCACCAAGUUCCAGGCAUUCGACUACAUCGAGCACGCCAACCGCUUGGCUCAGUUGUCCAUCGACGAAGAGGCCUGAAGUGAACUGCAACAGUUUGCACUUUUUUUUUUGUCAUGGAAUAACACACUAAUCAAACUGCUAUAAAUGCAGUUUGCUUUAAUCGAUUUUGUUUUUGUUUCAUCAUUAGGCUGGAAUCAUGUAGGUUUCAGAGGCCACUCGACAACUGAAAAAAAAAAAAUCGCAAAAGCAUCUCCAUCGUAGGUUAAGUAUUUGCAGAUCCGCUAGUGACUCUGGUUUGGUCUGACUCUCGUAUUUGGGGCUGUACUGGCACUCUUGACCACUAGAUGGCGGAACACAAAUUGUUUUGAGGCGAUGUAUAUUUUAAAGAAGAACAGAAAGUUAUAAGCACAGCCUAGUUUUUGUUGAAAAUGAUUCCGUGUAAUCCUGCUUUUUACGCCUACAUAAGUGAUUAUGAUUAUUGUUCCUGCUGUUUCGCAGGUUUACCAGAACAGGUCAUCCUGCCUUCUUCUCAUUCAAAUCACUGAAUGCCUUUCUUUGUGAAAAUUAGAUGUGUAUCGUGUCAUAAAUAUAUUACAUGUCAUGAAUAUAUAACGUUGAGGUGCCUGCACUUUGCCCAACCAGUUUGUUGAUAAUGCCUUAACGGUCUUGUAUGUUCUUUUAGUAAUUUUAAUAAGACAGCUUUUAUUUCUGUUCUUGUUUUUUAAAUGUUUUUUUCUUAGUUCUUUAGUUCACACAAGUCACAGUUUUGUGUUCACAAUGUGCAACUUCAAUCCAAAGUGACAGUUAAGACAUUCGACAGACUGCGAGAAAUGUACCUAUUUGUUCAAUUUUAACCUUGGAGGGUAAAUCACACAAAGUUGUACAAGCAGUGGAGAAAUAAAACGAAUCCCGACUGUGCCCUUUUUUUCUAACUAUGUACCCCCCCA